UUAUUUGUCAAAGUUACAUUAUUUUAAAAAGGAAAUUAUUAUAAUCCUGAGCACUAUCGUGUGUGGAUAGCGAGCAAAUAGAUUCACGUGAGUAGUAGUAUUUCCUUUGUUACAUUUCCUUACAACUUGGGCAGGUCUUAUUAGGAGGGAAGUGUGUGCCACCUUCAGUUUAAAAAGUGUUGUUCCUAUCUGUUGUUUUUAUAAACAAAAUGUUUGUCUGCAUGUGAAAAUAAUAAACUUAUAAAUAGCGUUUGUAAUGCAUACUAUAUAGCCUACUACAGACAGCUGCUGUGUAGUUUUGGGAAUGUCGGCUAGUUACAAUGUGCUGUGUCCCACAGCUGUCAAAUUAGACAGUAACGUUAUAGCUAACUACCAAGUGCACAGUUAGCUAGUUAUACGCCAGUCAGCUACUGUAUUUUAUAUAUAUUUAGUAAAAAUAUAUAACUUUCAAAUAACUUGUAACCUGACUGACUGACAAAAGCCUACAAUCAAUGUUCACACUAGAGAGGAAAUUUGCUAGGUAACUUCCUGACGUUUAAUCAUCGCAAUAUCUGGCAAGUCAGUGCACGCAGACUGAAUGGAGGGGAUGGAUAACGAAAGUAGACUCAAUUCUUGUUUUUAUGUUACAAAUUAGAUGGUGAGGUCAGUCAAAGACUCUUAUUCCAUUCUCAACCACAGUCAUGGAGAAAAAAGUCACCUGUCCCACUUACGAAAAAAGAUUGCAGUCAGAGUGCAGUAUAACUGCAGUAUGCUGCAAAUACUGCCUCCAAAAUAUCACAGUCGACCGCAGUUACUGCACUUUUACUGCAGUUUCAAAACUGCAAGCUUUUUCAAAGUAUUUCAUGGUACUGUAUUAUGACAAGGAACGUCUUUAUACUGUAUAUCCACCUUAUCAGUUUCCAGUCAGGAGUCACACUAAGGCAGCUGUGCUAGUAGUAAUACUGUCCUUGCUCUGGUCCACGGUGUUAUGUGCAGCUUGAGCCUUCCUUCAACAGAUUAUUGUUCAAUAAAGCUCAAGCCACAGGUAGCACCCUGGAUCAGAGCUAGUACUGCCCAUACUACAUCCAUCCAUGCAACUUCCUUUCCCAGCAGUUCCCAUCACCUGCCAAUCAAUCACCAUUCCUGCCCAGCCGUCCCAACCUGUGUGGGAGAGGCUGUAUGUGUGGUUGGACCUGUUCCGGCCCGUUGGCAUGGCGAUGAUGGAGGAAGGGGCGCGGAGCUGCCUGCUUCAAUCACGCUCCAACCUGGAGCAGGACAUCAGGGCCUCCUACCUGAUGGAUCACAUGAUCAGCGAUGGCGUGCUGACUGGGGACGAGGAGGAGAGGAUCAGGAGCAAGGUGGGGUGAGGAGGUGGGGGAGUACAGUAGCACCCUUUUCAUACACUUUCCUAUGUCCAUAGUGGUGAUUAAGUGUAUAAAGGUGUUUGUUUGGAAUCGGGUCCACAACCAACUUUCACAUUACCAAGCUGAGCCAAACCGACAGCACUGUGCUGGCUCAGAUAGUUUCUGUUCACAUUGACCUUUCCAGCAACUAUUGGGCUCCCGAGUGGCGCAGUGGUCUAAGGCACUGCAUCGCAGUGCUUGAGGCGUCACUACAGACCCCCUGGUUCGAUUCCAGGCUGUAUCACAACCGGCCGUGAUUGGGAGUCCCAUAGGGCGGCGCACAAUUGGCCCAGCGUCGUCCGGGUUUGGCCAGUGUAAAAUAUGGUGGAUGCGUAACCAGGCCAGCUCAGUACAGCUUGGCUCGGCUCUGUAGUGGGAAAACCUAUAAGUGGCUGGGUGCCUGAUUCCAAACAAACACCCUCAUAAGAGAGAGAGGGAGAGGGAAAGAGAGAAAGCGAAAGAGACAGAGAGGAGAGAGGUAAAGUCAGAGAGAUUGCAGGGCUUUUUAAACACUUACCACUACGGACAUCUGAAAGGACUGCAUCGGUGUAAGAAAAGCAAUAAAAUAGUUUCAAAAUUCACGUUGUCUCUCUCCAUCGUCCAGCCCACCAGGAGAGAGCAGGCUGCGGCCCUGCUGGAGCUGCUCCUGAGGAAGGAUAACCAGGCCUACAUCUCCUUCUACAACGCCCUGGUCCGCGAGAGCUACGGAGACCUGGCCAGCCUGCUCCACAACAGCCUGCCCCUGGUCUCCCCAGAGGCCGAGAAGAGCUUCUCAGACGCGGGCACCCACUAUGGUGAGCUGCCCCCCAGGGUGGAGGAUGGAGAAUACCAGGAGACUAGGACAGUCUAAGAUGUGCCCUCCUUUUCUGAUACAGGGAAAGAAUAUGCAGGGGAGUUCUGUGUGUGUGUGUGUGUCUGUGUGGGUAUCUAUGUGUAUGUGAGCACACCUCUCUGUCUGCUGUGUUUGACACCUCUGUUUAUUCCAUUGGCAACAUACUGCAUAUAUAUAAUGACGUCUUUGCUGUAUUCCCCUGUUCCAGUCCAGACGGUGCUGAGUGAGGGCGGUGUGCCCCAGAGACCCGUUGUGUUUGUGAGCCGGCCAGCCCUGGUGAACCGGGUCAGGGAGAAGCUCUACCGAUUGCAGAAGGAGCCCGGCUGGGUCACUGUGUUCGGCAUGGCCGGCUCUGGCAAGUCUGUCUUGGCUGCGGAGGCAGUCCGAGACCACGCACUCAUCACAGGUAGGAGGCUCCGGGGUGAAGUUUCCCCUAGUUACAGACCUAGGAUCAGUUUUCCCUCCCCCAUUCCUAACCAAACCCAUUAAUGGGGAAAAUGUAAAACUGACCCAAGAUACAUUUCAGGAGGGGGGUUAAUACAUGUGGAGGAGGCUCUUUUUCUCUCUGUCUGCAUUCACUUUCUCUCUGUUUUUCUCUGUUCGUUAUCGCAUUGGUCUCUUGACUGUACUCUCUCUCCGUCUGUCUCUCUCUCUCACACACUCACUCACACACACACACACACACACACACACACACACACACACACACACACACACACACACUGGUCCUUCUGACACCCUCCCCCCAGAGUGUUUUCCAGGAGGAGUCCACUGGCUGUCCAUAGGCCAGCUGGACCGGGCUGACCUGCUGGUGAGGAUCCAGUCGCUGUGUUUCCGCCUGGAGCAGCAGUGCCAGGAGCAAGACCCCUCGUCCUCCCUCCACCGGCCUCCUGGCUCUCUAGAGGAGGCCAAGGAGCGCCUACGCUUCCUCAUGCUCCGUCGUUACCCCAGGUCAGUCCCCCAGGGUUGAAGUGUAUUAUUGUGUUGCACGGUUGCAUUACGCCAUUCUUAUGAACGUUCUCUUGUGGACUGGUGGCCAACUUUUUAAGUGGACCUUCUACACGGAGGCUGUUAAUGAUGAGUAGAACGUUCAGUUGGACCUCAUAGAAGUUUCAGCUCUGGAGUGACUAGCAUGGAAGCCAUGAUCAGAGGGGUAUAUUGUGUUUAUUGUAUGCCAUUAAUUCAACUCCAAUUCAUGUCAUAUGAUUUAGAUGUGUUUGUGUGUCCAGGUCGUUGCUGAUACUGGAUGACAUCUGGGACAGCUCGGUGCUCAAGGCCUUUGACAUCCAGUGUCGAGUACUGCUCACCACCCGAGACAGAAGCCUAGCCGACUGUGUCAGUGGUGUGUAUGAAUAAUAACACUGAUAUUAAUACUAAUAUUACUACAGUACUACUGAUAAUGAUGACUUCAUUUAUAGAACAAACAUUACGCUCAAUGCACCUGCUCAAACUGUGCAUAUGUGUUUGUGCACUCAUGCGUUUGUGUGUGUGUGUGUGUGUGUCCAGGUUCUAAGUCUGAGGUGGCAGUGGAGAGUGGUCUGGAGGAGGAUCAGGCCUUGGAGAUCCUCGCCCUGUAUGUCAACGGGAAACCCCAGAGACUCCCAGAACAGGCCCGCAGCAUUGUCAGAGAGUGCAAAGGUACAUGCACGCACACACACACACACACACAUAUGGAGCGAUAGUGUCAACAGAAAUUGUAUUGAUUUAAAUGAAAGGUUGAAUAAAUGAAAGGUUUACAAUAAAAUGUCAAUUUAUUUCACAUAUUCAAGGGAAAUAUAGUAUUACAUUUUCUUAUGAAUGAUUUGGGAAGUAUUAUGUAGUGUGACCAAAAACAUUGAUAGAAAUAAUGAACAGAUCAUAAAUAGAGAACAAGAUAACUAGCUAAUUAAACAUCAAAUAAAACAGCAACAUGGCGUACUGUAAUAGUAUGGAUAGAAUAUACUACAUUAUACAACGGGUGGGUCUAAUCCUGCUGAUUGGUUAAAACCGCAUUCCAGCCGGUGUCUAUUCCACAAGUUACCACCCGCUAAAUCUAUGACGUUAAAAUGCUUAUUUUACACUGCUCCAUCUGACUGCGACUCCACUGUCUCAUCAGCCCAGCCAGGCAAUUUAUAAACUUGAUCUCGACUAUAAAAAAGCAUCUAGACAUUAUCUCACAUUUCUUUUAGACUAACAUUUAGUUUUCAACAGCGGAUAUUUGUAUAAACCUUGCUGUCUGUCUCUCCGACAUUUGCAACAUUGUUUCCAUAUUCAAAUUCGAUCUCCAGCUGUCCCAUACAUAGUAAUGAACGUGUUGGGAGUUGGGACGAGACAGGCAGGCAGCGUUUCUCAGGCAGUCGAAAUCAUGAAUCAGCUGGCAUAAUUUUUAUGGAUAUGUACAAAGAAAUGUACAUUGAAAAAAGGUAAACCUCCCGAGUGGCGCAGUGGUCUAAGGCUGUGCCACUAGAGAUCCUGGUUCGAAUCCAGGCUCUGUCGUAGCCGGCCGUGACCGGGAGACCCAUGGGCGGCGCACAAUUGGCCCAGCGUCGUCCAGGGUAGGGGAGGGAAUGGCCGGCAGGGAUGUAGCUCAGUUGGUAGAGCAUGGCGUUUGCAACGCCAGGGUUGUGGGUUCGAUUCCCACGGGGGGACAGUAUAAAACAUUUAAAUAAUGUAUGCACUCACUAACUGUAAGUCGCUCUGGAUAAGAGCGUCUGCUAAAUGACUAAAAUGUAAAAAAUGUAAAUGUUAAUGUAAAAUGAAACAAAGUGCAGCUAGUUUGCAGUCUUUCCAGCUUCAGUUUUUAGUGAUUGUGUUAGUUGUGUUGUUGGCUCCUCUGAACAACAAUGUCCUGACAAGAGAGCGCAUUUUCUAUGCCAGGCGAAAUCGCGCCUCAUUAGCUCAUUAUUAUGGAUGUAUCCAAGUAAAUAUCACUAGAAAACAGCUUAAACAAAUGCAAAUGCAGCUACUGUUGUUAUUCUGGCUGCACUGUUUGAAGUAACUGUAAAUUAGCCGUAGUUGGCUAGCUAGCAAGCAAGGGAUAAGAACGUUGCUAGCCAGUAUGGCUAUGGAACAUUUAGAACGAACGACUGGGUCGUGUCCAUAGAUACAGAACAAAAAGACUGAACGACUGGGUCGCGUCUCUGGCAACCGAACCGAUAGAACGAACGACCAGCCGGCUUGGGUAGCAACCCUAGAUUUGUGUCGGGACUAUAUCUUGUGGAAGGAUGAAAUAGUAUGAAUAAAUGAAUCAAAAUAAUGUUUUUAAUGAAGAUAUGUAAAUCAUUAUUUUAAUAUGUUGGUAACCCGUUGUAUAAAAGUCAUAAUGCCCUCGAAGCCGGUGUUUGGAGGAUAUAUUGGCACGGUUUGCCGGCCCUCGACUUCGUUUCGGGCCUACCAACACCCAUGCCAAUAUAUCCUCCAAACACCGGCUUUGAGGGCAUUAUUACUUAAUUAUGAUAUUUAGUAAUGGUUAAUGAUAAAUGAAUGCAAUGUGAGAUGAGUAGGGAAUAAUUCAUUAUAGCUGGCACGUGGCAACUUCUAUUCAAAGCUCUUCCUUAUUUUUCGGGCCCCUUUUUUCUCUCUUUCUGUCAUUCUUUUUAUUCUGUAGUUUGUGGAAGACCUUUCCAUCUGGCUGCUCUUUCCAUCUCAGUUUGAAGUUCCCAGUCAUCCCAUUGGCCUUCAUUUUCUCCUUUAUCUGAGGAACAGAACCAGCCUUUAUGCCCUGAACACCUAAUUUUACUGAAGGUUUAUUUAUUAAUACAUCGUAGGAUUAACCAAUUUGCAUUACACAUUUAAUUAUGGCAGCUAUAUGUUUUCAUAUGUAGGUACCUGCACUCUUACGGUUUGAAAGGUUUAUCAUUACUUGGAGAUUUCUCUUAACGUAAGGAGCAGUGGACUGUACUUGUUCAUUGUAAAUAAGAAUUUAUUCUUAACCCUUUACACUCGUGGGAAAUGGGGCUUUAUGGAUAGGGCUAAAUUGAAAUGUUUCUAACAGAAUAAAUAUGAAUAGCAUGGUAGAAAUUGAAAGGGAACAAUUUUGAGAUUAUGGGAAAAUGAUUUGACCAAAGUUGAGGACACAACAGUUCACCUGAUACAAGACUGAAUCCAAACAUUACACUGUUGAUUUUAUGUGCAUUUUACAUUUACUGUACUUUUCACCGCAUUUGUUAUUAGCAAAAUCUGAAAAUACUCUGGAUGCAUCCAGUAGCAUGAUUACAAUAUUCCUGGAAAAUGUGGGGUAGGUGCAACAUAAAACAAAAAAACGACAAGGGUUUGAGUGAGAGGACUAACUGGUGUCUCCAAGUGGCCACACUCCUUUCCAAAGUGUGCACAGUUCCUAAGUCAUUCAAUGCACUUUUAUGACUCAAAGAAGUCUUCAAAUAUAAGGUGCUUUUUUUUUAGCUCUCCUAGUGGUGCCGUUGCGCAACUAGAGCAAGCAAACUUGUAGUUGUUUUGUUUGGAACGCAACCCUGCAUCCCACCAUCACACAAUUACUGUUGUUUACGCAAUCCAAAAACGGCCCGUUUUAUAUGUCGCAAUCUGGGUCAGGUGGGCAUCAAAUCUGCCACUUUCAACCCGCAAACGGGUACGAGUGUAAAGGGUUAACUGACAUACAUUGUUAAAUGAAGGUAAACAUCUAUAAAUUAAGAGGGUGAGACUCACCUGCUGUAAAAUGGCCUCCCUCACCUCAGCAUCAUUCAGGUCCAUGUUUGGGUCUGGGGUCAUCCUCACUCUCACUACCUGUAUCUUCUUGACUGUUGGGGGUCUUGGUUCUAACACAUACACAGAUAUAACCCUUCUCAGCAGGGAAUGAAUUGGAAAUUCAAACCACCAAUUGAAAUAAUUCAUAAUUGUAUAAUAGCUGGCAAUUCUAUAAUGUUGCCUAAUCAUGGUAAUUUAGCUUUGGGGACCUCAAUGUCGAAAGACAUGGUCAAGGUAGUCAAAUUAAACUCCACAAAAUGCAAACCCAUGACGCAGGGGAGUUGGUUAUGUACACAGUUAAGAUGAACAGUCACCAUUACAUACAAGAAGAUAAUGUCACAUAUUUAAAUCUGUGUGGACAGUUAUUCCAAAGCAACCGCCCAUUUAACGAGAUGAGUUUGGUGGCACAAUAAGGGAUCUUAACUUACCACCGUAGCAAACGAAGGGACAUUUCAUCAGACAUUCCCUGUCUAUCCAUCGGCCUGAGGGACUACGAUUCCAUGCAGCGCAGCGCUUGUCAGUAUUAUUUGCUUCUCCAUCGCCCCAGUAUCGGAACGAGGAGUUACUCUGGUCCGACCACUCCCAGGUGUCUUUGAACAGGCCGAUCCACACGUUGCUACCGUUGGCCACGUUACAGAUCUCUUGGUUCUCAUUCUGGUUCCUCACACUGGCCAGGUCUGUGUGGUUCUCUCUGCAGUAGCGCUGAGCCUCCCUCCAGGUCAUUGGCUCUUUGACUAUUACGAAACUACCAGCUGGAGACUUAGUCCCUAUGGGGACAAAUGCAACCAGCAGAGUUUGGAUCAGCUCUUGUGAAUUCAUAAACCUUUGGAAAUCAUAAGCUUGGAAUUGACAAUCAAUUUCAAAGACAAACUUUGAAACCUUUGAUAACCACACAGUAAUCUGUUACUUGGCCAACUUGUGUGUAUGUGCUGCUGGUGGCCUCGAUGGUGUUACCAGGUUAGUGUGUUUUAACUAGAAUACAUGUAGUAUGUAACUCACUGUCGUAGCACACUAGCUGUUUUCGAUCAGUGCAGAGAUAGUCGUGCCAUUUUUUUCCAGAACUGUACACGACACCACAAUCUUCAUUCAAAUUUACCUGGCUGGCCUUCUUCCCAAAACUCCUUAAACUCAGUCUGUCUCUCACUAUAGUAGUCUAUGUCUGCCAGAGACCAUUGCCACCUAAAAGACAGUCCCUUCUUCAGUCCUAUCCACACUGCUCCAUCAUAACCGCUGUCUAUAGUCGAGUGGUUCAGUCUGUUCAUAUCCUCCAUGUUGUCUACGGUGGCCAGGUCUGUGUACUUCUUUCUGCAGUACCUCUGCGCUUCAGUCCAGUUUUUAGGGUCCCUUUCAUAGUGAUACGGACAGGAGGAGAGUGUGAAGAGCCCUGUGAAAAAGUGCAUUGUCAUCUCAAGUAACUGCCUCAAGGGCAGCAACAUCAAUAAUAUUUACCCUUCUACCCAGAGGCCGCAAUAUCAAUAGUCAAGUUGAUCAUCUAAAAGUUAAUAGCAGAACAAAUCAUGGUAUUACUAUUUCUUAAACUACUACUGUUCACAUUUUAACUCAAUAUCUAAAAGUAUUGCACUUUGGCACUUUUUUGUUACAGCCCAAAACUAUCACACCAGAUUCAACUUCUCAAGGGCUUGGUGGUUAAUUGAUUAUUUGUGAUAGUGUUGGGUUGGAACACAAAUGUGCUGGCUGCAGUUAUGUAAUCGUAAAUACAUUGUAAUAAAAUAUAUAUAUAUAUAUUAAAUAUCAUAAUAAAGACACUGACCUGAGAAAAACACAAUCAGCACUUUCUUCUCCAUGACAAAAGAUUCAUAAAAAAUAUACCAAUAUUUUCAACUAGCUGUCUUCAUCAGGUCUUGACCUGGUGUACUGUCGAUCCUCUGUAUUCAGCUGCACCUUUCUCUGUAGGGCUGGGUCUCACAAUACACAGUGCACCUAUUCAUCUGUCUUUAUAUAGCUUGCUUUGUUUGGUGGUUAUGUUCAGUUCUCUUUUACCAGCAGGGCAUCAGUCAAAUGAGUAUGAGCCUGUUAGUCAAAUUAGUCUGAGCAUAGACUUCAGAGAAAAGGAACCCUUAUUGCCUAAUGAUGACCCACUGAAAAUUCUGUUAACCUUCAACAACUUGCAUAAUUCCAUUCUAAAUCAUGAAAUUCAAUUUCAAAUAUUGAAAUUAUUAUUAAAUAAUUAAAUGUAUCAAAACGAUUAAAUACAAAUUCCAUUUCUGUUACAUCUAAAAAAAAACACGAUAAAACUCUUGGCACAAUCAACCAGCCUGCCUAAACCCCUCCUCUACCGUCCUCUCUUCCCAAGGCUCCCCCUUGGUGGUGUCCCUAAUCGGGGCCCUGCUGCGGGAGUUCCCGGACCGCUGGGCCUACUACCUGCGCAUGCUCCAGCAGAAGAAGUUCAAGCGUAUCCGUAAGUCGUCUUCGUAUGACUACGAUGCCCUUGACCAGGCCAUGGCUGCCAGCAUCCAGGUCCUGUCUGAGGAACACAGGGAGCUGUACAUUGACCUCACCGUGCUGGAGAAGGACGUCAAAGUACCUGCCAAGGUCAGACUGGCCGGGGGGAUUAUGCUUAGGUUGGAUUCGGCUAGGCUUGAUUAGGUCAGGUUAGGCUAAACUAAGCUAGGCUAAGCUAGGCUAGGUAGGGUUGGAUUCGUCUAGGCUUGGUCAGGUGAGGCUCAACUAAGCUAGGCUAAGCUAGGCUACAGUAGGUUAGGGCAAGGCUAUCCCACACCUUCAGUCUUCAAUGGAACGGCCAAAAAGUAUUCAUAACCCAUCGAGACAUUGUGAGCUGUCCUUGUGGAAAGAAGGAGGGAAUAAGGUGAUAAGAUAUCAGAAAAGACGAUGAAACAGGUCAUUGUUUGUUUCUGUCUCUAAAUCUAAGCCUGUUCUUCCAUCAAAGGAGGCUGCUGAGGGGAGCACAGCUCAUAAUAAUGUCUGGAAUGGUAUCAAACACAUGGAAACCAUGUGUUUGAUGAGUUCGAUACCAUUCAAUUUAUAGCGUUCCAGACAUUAAUAUGAGCCAGUCCUCCCCAAUUAAGAUGCCACCAACCUCCUGUGUCCUCCAUGUUCCUCUGCCUGCAGGUUCUGUCGGUUCUGUGGGAUCUAGAACCGGAGGAGGUGGAGGACGUUCUCCAGGACUUUGUGAACAAGUCCCUACUGUUCCGUGACUGUCACCACCGGCCCUACCUCUACUACCUCCACGACCUCCAGCUGGACUUCCUGGCUGAGAUGAACCGCUCUGGUCUAGAGGUGGGUCUCAUACACUCCAACCAGUGGAGGCUGCUGAGGGGAGGACGACUCAUAAUAAUGUCCGGAAUGGAGUCAAUGGAAUGGUAUCAAACACAUUGUUUGAUACCGUUCCAUUCACUCCAUUCCAGCCAUUAUUAUGAGCCGUCCUCCCCUCAGCAGCCUCCAAUGACUCCAACAUACACAUGAUCUCUAUCUUCAUUUUACAUUUACAUUUUAGUCAUUUAGCAGACGCUCUUAUCCAGAGCGACUUACAGGAGCAAUUAGGGUUAAGUGCCUUGCUCAAGGGCACAUCGACAGAUUUUUCACCUAGUCGGCUCGGGGAUUAGAACCAGUGACCUUUCGGUUACUGGCACAACGCUCUUAACCACUAAGCUACCUGCCGCCACUCAUAGGGUUGAUAUGUAUGCUGGUGGCCAUUUUGAAAUGUAUCUAAAGUUUGAUGUUUGCCAACUUUUGUCUGUAAGUAUUCUGUUAAUUGUGUUGCUCAAAUGUGUUGGAAUGACUGAAUAUUUUCUGAAAUCAAAUAUAACGAAAUUGAUUCUUCUAGAGAAUCAAUGUACAUGGACCUUGGAAAAACAAGACAGUCGCUUAAAAAAUGAAUCAGUUUGACUCAUGUCUUCUAUGCCCUGAAUUAUUGGGGCAUCGAUCUACUGUAAUAUGGUAUGUUUUUUAACAAGCGUGUGUGUUCCAGAGCCUCCACUCUAAGGUUGUGCGUCAGUACCAGCAGUGCUACAGCCAGGGUCCCCCCACCUCAGGAGAUGAAGAGUGCCUCUACUGGUUCAGAUUCCUCACCUACCACAUGGCCAAGGCCAACCUCACACAGGUACGCACGCGCGCACACACAAACACACAAAUCUAAAUCAAAUCAACGUUUUUUUGGUCGCGUACACAGUUUAGUAGAUGUUAUAGUGGGUGCAGGGAAAUGCUGAUGUUACUAGCUCCUAACACUGCAGUAAAAUGUCAAACAAGUAGACAAAUAAUCAAAAACACAAUCCAAUUAACAACCCAAAUAACACUGUAUCAGAGCUGUUGUGUGUGAGUGAGUCUAUCUUGGCCUCUUACUACAGGAGAUGGUGUGAUGGCUGUUCAACAGUCUGAUGGCCUGGAGAUCAAGGCACGACUCAGUAUGAUGGAGGCCUUCGCCAGACAAGCACAAGUUGCUAAUGUAUUUUUUCUCUCUCUCUACCGCUUUCUCUCUCCCUCUAUAUUUCCCUCUCUCAUUCUCACUUUUUCUUUUUCUGUUACCCUUACACCCCUCCUUUCCUUCUCUCCCCUCCUCCCCCCUCUCUCCCUGUAGGAGUUGUACUCUCUGAUGUUCUCUCUGGACUGGGUCAGAACUAAAGCUCAGAUUAUGGGACCUGCUCAUCUCAUCAAUGACUAUGUGGAGUAUGGCGCCAUACUGGACAAAGAGGUCAGGAUUUGAUCAACACCAAGUUCACUGAGGAAGCUAAUGUGUACCCUGUUUUAUUGUCAUUUGAUAUGGUUUUCAAAUCUUGUGGUUGGUAUCAAUUCCUCGUAAGUCAAUGGCGGCAGGUAGCCUAGUGGUUAAGAGCAUUGGGCCAGUAACCAAAGCAUCGCUGGUUUGAAUCCCUGAGGCGACUAGGUGAAACAUCUGUCCAUGUGCCCUUGAGCAAGGUACUUAACCCUAAUUGCUCCUGUAAGUCGCUCUGGAUAAGAGCGUCUGCUAAAUGACUAAAAUGUAAAAAUGUAAAUGCAAUAAACAGUUACUCGUUUCAUGCUUGUGAAUACAAUUAUUGUGUCCCAAUAAUCUCUCCUUUCUCCCGAAGUGUUCACUUGUUCAAUUCCCCUCAUGGUUUUGAAAGGAAAUGACUGUUGAAUGUAAACUCCCCCUAGCCUAUGCCUACACCAAUCCAAUGCUUUUAUAUUUGUGUAGUGAACGAGUGCACACUUCAGGAGAUGGACAUAUUAUUGGGACGCACGCUGAUUGUCACAUCCUCACUGUGAGUCUCUCUUUAUGGUCCCCCCAGAACAGCGAGGUGCGGGGCCACUUCCAGGAGUUCCUGUCUCUGAACGGCCACCAGUUGGAGCAGCGUCCGUUCCCUGACGUAGUGCAGCUGGCCCUGUCCCAGCCAGACUCCUCCGAGGUGUACCGCCAGGCCCUGCUGCAGGCGCAGGAGAGGGCCAGCAGAGGGGGACUCUACCUUGACUGGGUGUAAGUAGUAUCAAUCAAUCAAUCAAUCAAAUGUUAUUUAUAAAGCCCUUUUUACAUCAGCAGAUGUCACAAAGUGCUAUACAGAAAUACAGCCUAAAACCCCAAACAACAAGCAGUGCAGAUGUAGAAGUAGCUUACUAGAGAACCAGAACUCACCUACCUCCUGUUCAGCACACGUAGCACGCUUCCUCGGCUGUGCCGAGACAGUGGACCUUUCCGGAGUGGCAGUGAACCCGGUUCCUCAUCCCUGUUAGGACCCAGCAGUGACCAUAAUCCAUCCCUCUCAGAGAAGAUAUCUCCUUCCUGCAAUACUGACGCCGGACUGCUCUAUCAAUCAUGGAUAAAUCAAUGCCCAUGGCAUUUUGAUAACAUCCUGUACAUGGAUAAAGUGGACUCUUGUCCAUGGCUACUUUAGGAUUUGUCAAGAGAACUCGGAAUACUAGACAUUAACAAGUUACUGGGACUGAUUUCUGACUGAGACUGUCAAGAAUCAAGAUGGGUUCUAAAAAUUAAAAAUUACUUUAUUUAUUUUUUACAAAAAAAAUUAUAUAAAAUACAUGUAUGCACUCACUAACUGUAAGUCGCUCUGGAUAAGAGCGUCUGCUAAAUGACUAAAAUGUAAAUGUAAAUGUAAGUAUAGUAGGCCUAUACACACUGCUCAUGUGCUUAUAAAUGUACUCACUAUUUCAUCUGGGUGUACAGUAUUAACCCCUAGCCCCUACCUCUUACUCCCUAGCCUUUAUGCAUUACAUUUGCCAGUCAACCAUACCCUAACCAUAGAGUUGACUUUGUGUCGCACUUACCACAAAGCCUGUUUUAGCGUAGUGUCAGUGCCACUGCCCCUGCUAAAACAGAAGCAAUUGUAAAUGCAAAGACGUGCCCUCUAUCCAACUCUAUGACCCUAACUCUAUUGUUUUGGUCUCAUCCCCUCAUGAUCACAUUCUCUAAGUCAUCUAUGGUUGUGGUUUGUUCCAGGAACAAGAGUAGUCUUAAGAGUCUGUCUCGUCUGGUGGUCCAGCCCCACCAGGGAUCCAUCUACUCUGCCUGCUUCUCCCACGACGGCACUAAGAUCGCCUCCUGUGGCUCCAGCAAGACACUGCGAGUAAGACACACACAUUCUUUUUAAAUCAAUCUUCACCCACUGUAUCUCCCACACAUCCCAGUGUGUGUGUGUGUGAAUGUGUGUGUGUGUGUGUGUGUCAGUGUGUGUCCUCUAUAAACUCUGCCCUGUGUGUGUCUUCAGGUGUUUAAGAGCACCUCUGGGGAGAAGCUGCUGGAGAUCCAGGCCCACGACGAUGAGGUGCUCUGCUGCGCCUUCUCCUCCGAUGACCAUCUCCUAGCAACCUGCUCCAGCGAUAGGAAGGUCAAGGUAUGGUGUGGAACCCUCCCCUCUGACAGACAGAUGGACAUUCAAACUUUGAACAGACUUCAGACAGACUUGACUGACAACCCGACUUCAACAGACGGAAGUCGUUAGUCUGACUCUAAUCUGUGUUGUGUGCAAGGUUUGGAAAGCAAAGAAAAGGGAGAGUUGUAUAUCUGUGUAACUACAGUAUCUGUGUUGUGUGCCAGGUGUGGAAAGAAAAGAAAAGAGACAGUUGUAUAUCUGUGUAACUAUACUAUCUGUGUUGUGUGCCAGGUAAAAAAAGAAAAAAAAAAGAGAGAGAGUUGUAUAUCUGUGUAACUACAGUAUCUGUGUGGUGUGCCAGGUGUGGAACGUGGAGCGUGGGACUCUGAUGAGGGUGUUUGAGGACGAACACGAGGAGCAGGUCAACCACUGUCAGUUCACCAACACACGCCGACGCCUCCUACUGGCCACCUGCUCCAACGACAAGUUCAUUAACACCAAGGUGAGCCUGUGUGUAUGCUCAUGCUUGUGCCUGUGGUGUGCCUGUGGUGUGUGUGCCUGUCCCUGGGUGUGUUGUGUGUGUGUGUGUGUGUGUGUGUGUGUGUUUGUGUGUGCCUGUCCCUGUUGUGUGUGUGAUUUAAAAACCAUGAAGUAGGCUCUCUCUCGCACAUUAUUUUGCACUCUGGUUAUAAGAUCUAUCAUGCUCUCGCUCUCUCUCAAUGCAUCCCCCCCUCUCUCUCUCGCUCUCUCUCUCUUUCUCUCUCUCUCUCUCUCUCUCUCUCUAUCUCUCUAUCUCUCUCCCUAUCUCUCUAUCUCUCUCUCUAUGCAUCUCCCACCCUCUCUCUCUCUAGCUGUGGAACCUCAAUAAACCCUCCUCCCAGAACACCAUGUUUGGUCAUUCGGAGCCUGUCAAUCACUGCUGUUUCUCCCCUGAUGAUGCCCACCUCUCCACCUCUUCCAGUGACGGAACCCUGAAGGUGGGAGGGGCAUAGUCACCACCUAUGGCUUUGUGUGUUUGUAUUAGCAAAUGUAGAUAAAGGCUUUUCAUUUAGGUGUAGACUACUAGAAUGUAUUGAACCACAUUAAUUGUACGUACCUGUGCAUGAGGGUGUGUGUUUCUGUGCAUGUAUGUGUACAUGCAUGUCUGCGUGCCUACCUGUGUGUAUGUAUGUGUGUGUGUGUACAUGCGUGUGUUCAUGUGUGUGUGCUUGCGUGUGUGUUUCAGCUGUGGGAGGUGUCCUCGGCCAAUGAGUGGAAGUCCAUAGAUGUGGCGGACAUGUUCCCGGAGCAGAGUGAGCAGACGGAGGUCAUAGUGAAGUGCAGCACCUGGUCAGCAGACGGCAGGAGCAUCAUCUGUGCUGCCAGGAACGCAGUCUUUGUGAGUGGGACGUGUUUGUGUGUCUGUGUGUGUUGAGUAAGCCUCUGCUCUGCUCCAUGGGGCCGUGGCGUGGGCACAAUGACUGAGGGGUGGUCCCCUGGCGGAGCUCCAUGACUCGGACCAGAUUUGUUUAGCAUGUUGCGAUUCAUCAGAGUAGGAGCUGGCAGAAAGUUGAAUGGACUUUGGUAACUGGGAUACAUGAGCUAAUGCUCAUUCUAUGGCUAAUACUACACUGAACAAAAAUAUUAACGCAACAUGCAACAGUUACAGUUCAUAGAAGGAAAUCAGACAAUUGAAAUAAAUUAAUUAGGCCCUAAUCUAUGGAUUUCAUAUGACUGGGAAUACAGAUAUGGGAAUACAGAUACCUUUAAAAAAAGAAAAAGUAGGGGCGUGGAUCAGAAAACCAGUCAGUAUCUAGUGUGUCCACCAUUUGCCUCAUGCAGCAUGACACAUCUCCUUUGCAUAGAAUUGAUCAGGCUGUUGAUUGUGGCAUGUGGAAUGUUGUUACUGUAGACGACGAGCAUGCAGAUGAGCUUCCCUGAGACGGUUUCUGACAGUUUGUGCAGAAAGUUUUCGGUUGUGCAAACCCACAGUUUCAUCAGCUGUCCGGGUGGCUGGUCUCAGACAAUCCCGCAGGUGAAGAAGCCGGAUGUGAAGGUCCUGGGCUGGCGUGGUUAUUACACGUGGUCUGCGGUUGUGAGGCCGGUUGGACAUGCUGCCAACUUCUCUUGGAGGCAGCUUAUGGUAGAGAAAUGAACAUUCAAUUCUCUGGCAACAGCUCUGGUGGACAUUCCUGCAGUCAGCAUGCCAAUUGCACUCUUUUUUUUGUAGGGGGUAAAUCGGCUUUAAUAUUGCAGAUAGAUUGUAACUUCCAUCAAUGUAAUUGUCUGCCAAUUGCACUCUUCCUCUACUUGAGACAUCUGUGGCAUUGUGUUGUGUGACAAAACUGUACAUUUUAGAGUGGCCUUUUAUUGUCCCCAGCACAAGGUGUACCUGUGUAAUGAUCAUGCGGUUUAAUCAGCUUAUUGAUAUGCCACACCUGUCAGGUGGCUGGAUUAUCUUGACAAAGGAGAAAUGCUCACUAACAGGGAUAUAAACACAUUUGUGCAUAACAUUUUAGAGAAAUAAGCUUUUUGUGCAUAUGGAACAUUUCUGGGAUCUUUUAUUUCAGCUCAUGAAACAUGGGACCAAAACUUUACAUGUUGCGUUUAUUUUUGUUCAGUGUAUUUUAGCUGGUGCUGCUAGCUGACACUGCUAACCAAUACAGAUGGCGCUUCUUUUUGUAGCUGUGCGCUACUUUUAGCUUAGAGGUUAGUGCUGCUGUUGCUAAUGCUAGUUACUCCUCUACUGUGUUUGUGUGUGUAGCUGAUAUCAGUGCCACAUAUAGGCCUACAUUUUACUCAACAACAUUGGGCCUUGUCUGACCGACAAAACAACAUUCACACACACAAAACUUUUAAUGCUAAGAAAUGAUUUUUUUUAUUGAUAAAAUGUCCAAAGAAAUCAAGAACUAAGUGUAGAAAAUAGUGAGAAAAUAAUGAGGAGUGGAAAUAAGAACCCACAAGGGGUUUCAACAAGCUAGCUGCCAUCCGCUACACCAACACUGGUUCUUCUUUUUUUAUUCCCCCCCAUCGGAACUUUCUUUUCAGUACUCUGGUUCUUAUCACCAGAGGCAAUAAUGGACAUACCUGAAAGGAGGCGAGAGAGGUCAACUUAAUAGGUACCUUUCAAAAGGCAGUGAUGACCCAAGAUUCUAUGGUGAUGAUAGUGUAUGUGGUUAGCUCUAAUUCCUGGCCAUCCAGUCUUCAGUCAGCUAUUUGUUCCACACAAACAAAUAAAACAUAGUUAUGACGGUUAUUUUUAUUUUCAUGACGGUCUUCAUCCAUAAUCGUCGGUUACACGAUUAUACGUUAAUUGUGCCAGCCCUAAUCAAUUAUAGCAGAAACAAAUAUACAAACAAAUAAAAAUACAAACAAAUUAGAUUCAAACAAGUAAUAAACCGCUUAUGCUACCCAUCAUUCUCUUUAUCUUACCUGUAAUAUUUAAUCAAAAGUUAAUCAUGACUUAAUUUACACAUAACAUAACCCUUCAAAAUAAAUGAUUUAAAUCAGCAAAUGGAUUUCACAAAAACAUUUGACUACAUAACAUCAAUUGACAGAAAUGAAUUUAUAUCCACCACCUUAUUGGUCCUGGAAAUAUUAAUUUGAGAAAGAGUAGGCUGCUGUCCUAUGGACUGUCUUUCUCCAGAUUGACUGUGUCCCGGAAUGUUCACUCAGCCAAGAUUCUAACCAUUAUGACAUAAUCAGUGCCAUCCAUUAUGACAUCACCCCAAGCUUGCAUACAUACCUAAGUGGCCUACAACUUGUAAAUGUGUCUUUUCUAGUUGUUUAUCAAUAAAAACAGUUAUAAGAUACAGUAAACAACAUACUGUCAGUUCAUUGUAAAGUCUAGACCUUCCUGUAACAUAACUGUGUAGCUUAACAGGCCCAUGGUGUCUGCUCUUCAGUAUAGUAGCACACACACGUCAUUCUUUAAAAUACCCUGAUAUACGGUAUUGUGUUUGUGUGUGUGGACCGUGUGUGGUUUGUGUUUCUUCACUUGUAUGUAUUUAGAGUAUCUGACCUGUUGAAUAUUUACAUGCAUCAGUAUGCAUAUUAACCACAUAAUUACUAGUAUCUCAACUGAGUGUACAAAACAUUAAGAAAUCCUUGAUAAUAUUGCACCCCUCGCCCCCAGAAAAGCCUAAUUUCGUCAGCGCAUGAACUCUACAGGGUGUCGAAAGCAUUCUACAGGGAUGUUUGGCCCAUAUUGACUCCAAUGCUUCCCACAGUUGUGUCAAGUUGGCUGGAUGUCCUUUGGGUGGAGGACCAUUCUUGCUAAAACUGUUGAGCAUGAUAAACCCAGCAGCGUUGCAGUUCUUGACACAAACCUGUGCGCCUGGCACCUACUACCAUACCCCGUUUAAAGGCACUUCAAUCUUUUGUCUUGCCCAUUCACCUUCUGAAUGGCACACAUACACAAUCCAUUUCUCAAUUGUCUCAAGGCUUUAAAAUCCUUCUUUAACAUGUCUCCUCCCCUUCAUCUUCACUGAUUGAAGUGGAUUUAACAAGUGACAUCAAUAGGGGAUCAUAGCUUUCACUUGGAUCCACCUGGUCAGUCUAUGUCAUGGAAAGAGCAUAGCCUAGCUGUCAAUAUAUUUGUGUUUAGCAGUAUGUUCUUGUCUAGCAACUUGUCCUAGAGCAAUCUGUCUGUGAAGCAAUGAAAAUGCCCUGGACAACUUGUCUUUCAUGUUUGGUAUUUGGGCCUGUCUGUCCAUCAGAGGGUAGAAGUGUGUGUUCUGACUGAGAAUGAAGCCGUCCCACUCCUGGGAAAUGUAAAGGUCUCUGUGUGUCCGUGUCUGUUCUCUCCACUCCAGGAAUCAGCAUGGCGUUGAAUGUCAGAGUUGUGUCAGUUUGUUGGCUAGUAUUGAGAGAAGAAUAGACAGCUUGAUGGACUUUGAUUUUUUUGGCACGUAGAAACAUUUACAACUCUUUGUUUUCCACCUCAAUCUCUUUCUCUUUCUCUCUCUUUCUCUCUCUUUCCCUCUCUUUCUCUCUCUUUCCCUCUCUUUCUCUCUCUUUCCCUCUCUUUUCUUCAGUCUGCUUUUCCCCUCACAAUCCCACACUUUGCCCAGUUGGAAGAUAUGGAAAUCAAUCGAUGGUUGAGACUCAGGUUGACAUUUUAUUGUCAUGAGUCUUGCCCUGGAGGCAGGACUGAGCGGUUUCCGCUAGAUGGCCAGCUGCAAAGUCAGAAUUUUCUAUAUUGUAAAAAUGAAUGAAAACAAAACAGAUGCCUCCAGGGCAAGACUCAUUACAAUAAAUGCCAACCUGCAGUUGAGACUUCACUUAGCAGCUUAUGAGGCUAAUACCAUAUUACUUACAUCUAAUCCCAUCCUGUCAUGUCCUUUACAGUUCACAUUACAUUUGAGUCAUUUAGCAAAGACUUACAAUUAGAGCGACUUACAAUUAGACCUCUACAUGGGCCGACCUAACAACCUCUGAGCUCUCCAAGGGGCCAUCAAGAAGUGUCUAGAAAGCUAUCACUAGGUUAUGCAUGGAAGCCAUUUUGUGCCUCACAUAUUGGCAGUUGCACAAGAGAGCCAUCACCAGCUAUGGUGUAGUGACAGAUCCCUCCUGCUGUUCCCAGGUGUUUGACGUAGAGACGGCGGCCAUGUUGUUGGAGAUCCGGACCAGUCGUCUGAGCACGGUGCAGUACUGUCAUGCCUGUCCCAGCAGCAACCUGGUGGCCAUCGCACUGUCACACUAUGCUGUGGAGGUACACACACACACAGCCUGUUCACUGUCUUCCUGUUACAUUGUUUUUAAAAAUUGAUUUCACCUUUAUUUAACCAGGUAAGCCAGUUGAGAACAAGUUCUCAUUUACAACUGCGACCUGGCCAAGAUAAAGCAAAGCAGUGUGAUAAAAAACAACAACACAGAGUUACAUAUGGGGUAAAACAAAACAUAAAGUCAAAAAUACAACAAAAAAUACAACAGAAAAUAUAUAUACAGUGUGUGCAAAUGUAGCAAGUUAUGGAGGUAAUAAAUAGGCCAUAGUGCAAAAUAAUUACAAUUUAGUAUUAACACUGGAAUGAUAGAUGUGCAAGAGAUUAUGUGCAAAUAGAGAUACUGGGGUGCAAAUGAGCAAAAUAAAUAACAAUAUGGGGAUGAGGUAGUUGGGUGGGCUAAUUUCAGAUGGGCUGUGUACAGGUGCAGUGAUCGGUAAGGUGCUCUGACAACUGAUGCUUAAAGUUAGUGAGGGAAAUAAGUCGCCAGCUUCAGAGAUUUUUGCAGUUCGUUCCAGUCAUUGGCAGCAGAGAACUGGAAGGAAUGGCGGCCAAAGGAGGUGUUGGCUUUGGGGAUGACCAGUGAGAUAUACCUGCUGGAGCGCAUGCUACGGGUGGGUGUUGCUAUGGUGACCAAUGAGCUAAGAUAAGGCAGGGAUUUGCCUAGCAGUGAUUUAUAGAUGACCUGGAGCCAGUGGGUUUGGCGACGAAUAUGUAGUGAGGGCCAGCCAACAAGAGCGUACAGGUCACAGUGGUGGGUAGUAUAUGGGGCUUUGGUGACAAAACGGAUGGCACUGUGAUAGACUACAUCCAAUUUGCUGAGUAGAGUGUUGGAGGCUAUUUUGUAAAUGACAUCGCCGAAGUCAAGGAUCGGUAGGAUAGUCAGUUUGGCAGCAUGAGUGAAGGAGGCUUUGUUGCGAAAUAGGAAGCUGAUUCUAGAUUUAACUUUGGAUUGGAGAUGCUUAAUGUGAGUCUGGAAGGAUAGUUUACAGUCUAACCAGACACCUAGGUAUUUGUAGUUGUCCACAUACUCUAGGUCAGACCCGCCGAGAGUAGUGAUUCUAGUUGGGUAGGCGGGUGCCAGCAGCGUUCGAUUGAAGAGCAUGCAUUUUGUUUUACUAGUGUUUAAGAGCAGUUGGAGGCUACGGAAGGAGUCUUCUAUGGCAUUGAAGCUCGUUUGGAGGCUUGUUAAAACAGUGUCCAAUGAAGGGCCAGAUGUAUACAAAAUGGUGUCGUCUGCGUAGAGGUGGAUCUGAGAGUCACCAGCAGCAAGAGCGACAUUGAUAUACACAGAGAAAAGAGUCGGCCCGAGAAUUGAACCCUGUGGCACCCCCAAAGAGACUGCCAUAGGUCCAGACAACAGGCCCUCCGAUUUGACACAUUGAACUCUAUCUGAGAAGUAGUUGGUGAACCAGGCGAGGCAGUCAUUUGAGAAACCAAGGCUAUUUAGUCUGCCAAUAAGAAUGCGGUGGUUGACAGAGUCGAAAGCAUUGGCCAGGUCGAUGAAGACGGCUGCACAGUACUGUCUAUUAUCGAUCGCAGUUAUAAUAUCGUUUAGGACCUUGAGCGUGGCUGAGGUGCACCCAUGACCAGCUCGGAAACCGGAUUGCAUAGCGGAGAAGGUACGGUGGGAUUCGAAAUGGUCUGUUUGUUAACUUGGCUUUCAAAAACUUUCGAAAGGCAGGGCAGGAUGGAUAUAGGUCUGUAACAGUUUGGAUCUAGAGUGUCAUCGCGGCAGCUUUCCAAUCUCUGGGGAUCUCAGACGUUACGAAAGAAAGGUUGAACAGGCUAGUAAUAGGGUUGCGACGAUUUCGGCUGCUAAUUUUAGAAGGAAAGGGUCCAGAUUGUCUAGACCAGAUGAUUUGUAGGGGUCUAGAUUUUGCAGCUCUUUCAGAACAUCAGCUGUCUGAAUUUGUGUGACGGAGAAGCGGGGGGGGCAUGGGCAAGUUGCAGCGGAGGGUGCAGAGCUGGUGGCCGGGGUAGGGGUAGCCAGGUGGAAAGCACGGCCAGCCGUAGCAAAAUGCUUGUUGAAAUUCUCGAUUAUUGUAGAUUUAUCGGUGGUGAUAGUGUUUCCUAGCCUCAGUGCAGUGGGCAGCUGGGAGGAGGUGCUCUUAUUCUCCAUGGACUUUACAGUGUCCAUGGAGGUACACACACAUGGUGGCUAUCAAACUACUACACCAUCAUACGGUAUGACAUACGUCUAUUCCCUCCAGCUGUGGGACAUAGAGACCAAUAAAAAGAUGGCUGACUGUAGUGGUCACCUGAGCUGGGUCCACGGAGUCCAGUUCUCCCCCGAUGGAUCUCUACUGCUCUCCUGCUCCGACGACCAGACCGUCAGGGUAAGUGUGUGUGUGUCUCUCUGUCAGUAAUUUGUCCAAUCAGUCUUCAUCAGUUAACCCUUUUUGUGCCAUAUUGUACUUAACUAUUGAACCUUUUUAAUGGCAUAAUAAAUCUAAUGCCGUGGUGUGUGUGUGUGUGUGUGUAUCUCAGGUGUGGGAGACUAACAAGGUCCACACAUCCUCGGCUGUCUGUCUGAAGAGGGACUCUGACGUGCUCUUUAACAACGGUGAUGUCACCGUGGUCGCCGCCGACAAUCGCAACAGACUGCAGGUGAGAGGGCUGGGCUGGACAAACACACACACACACACACACACACACACACACACACACAAUGAUGUCUUACAGAUGUGACAGGGGUUAAGCCAGCAGGCUGACGUGUGUGUGUCAGGUGAGGAAUGGGAGGACAGGAGCGGUGAUGUUCCAGUCAGAGGAGCAGGAGUCUCGUAUCCGCUGCACUGCUAUCUGCACACAGACCUCAGCCGUGGGGCUGGGACGAGAGGAUGGGACCAUACAGGUACGCUCACAUAUACACGCACACACACCUUUACCCAUACCUUUACCCCCACACACAUACCAUAAAGCAAAAAUCUUCAAGGACGAAGAAGUAAGAAAAUGCUUACAUAUAAUUUAUGCUUAACUUGACAAAAGUGCAGGUGCUAUGAGGGAAAAGUGCCAGAAAUGUAAACGGGUUUUUGGCUGGAGAAGACAGUAUCACUGCCAAACUUGAUACAGACCAACUGAGCUGUAAGAAAGGCAGGAAGAUACAUUUUUGCAGGUAAAGCUGGACACCAUGUUACAUCAAAACUAAGUUUGACAGUAUUACCACCGGUGCUGUUCUAGUAGUGUUGUGACUAUUGUGGUCUGCCUAUGCAUGGAAGAGUUGGUCAAAGUGGUAUGUGUGUGUGUGUGUGUGUGUAAUAAUAAUGCUCACCUUGCUGGGGGAGGCGUUUGUCACGUCCAGUAAUGGCUGGUGACAUUGUGCUGCCACCCUCUUUGCCUGUCAACCCUGUCUCAGCCCUACUGCACUAUACGGUACCCAGCCCUCUCUUUCUCUCUCUCUGUCUCACUCUCUCUUUUUCUCUCUCUCUUUCCUUAUCUAUUUUGUUCUGUCUCUUUCUGCCUCUCUUUUCUACUUGUCCUAAAUGAGAUGUUUCUUCCUCAUACUCUCCUCCUCUUUUUAACUAUUUUCUUUCUCUCCCUGUGCUCUACUCGCUCCAUCACUCCCUGUCUCUAUGAUAAAUGGUUGUUUACUGCGAGCAGAUGAAGUCCUGGUCCCUUUCGUAAGGGUGUGUGUCCCUGAAAGCCGUAGUGAGUAGUGUCAGACACCCUCUGUCCCCUGGCAGGUGUGUAGUACUCUGUACUCCAGCUGGGGCCGCUCCUCGGGAACCUCUUUAAU